UUUCACCAUUCCUCCAGGACUUCCACUGUAAGGAAAGGGGUCCCUGAAUCAACACCCUCUAAGAUGUUUAUAUGGACCAGUGGCCGAACCUCUUCAUCUUACAGACAUGAUGAGAAAAGAAAUAUUUACCAAAAAAUCAAGGACCACGACCUCCUGGACAAAAGGAAAACAGUCACAGCACUGAAAGCAGGAGAGGACCGGGCCAUUCUCCUGGGACUGGCCAUGAUGGUGUGCUCCAUCAUGAUGUACUUUCUGCUGGGAAUCACGGUCCUUCGCUCAUACAUGCAGAGUGCGUGGACCGAAGAGUCUCAGUGCACCUUGCUGAAUGCAUCCAUCACGGAAACGUUUAAUUGCUCCUUCAGCUGUGGUCCAGACUGCUGGAAACUCUCUCAGUACCCCUGCCUCCAGGUAUAUGUGAACCUGACUUCUUCUGGGGAAAAGUUCCUUCUCUACCACACCGAAGAGACAAUGAAAAUCAAUCAGAAGUGCUCCUAUAUACCUAAGUGUGGGAAAAACUUUGAAGAAUCCAUGUCCCUGGUGAAUGUUGUCAUGGAAAACUUCAGGAAAUACCAACACUUCUCCUGCUAUUCUGACCCUGAAGGCAACCAGAAGAGCGUCAUCCUAACCAGACUCUACAGUUCCGACGUGCUGUUCCAUUCACUCUUCUGGCCAACGUGUAUGAUGGCUGGGGGCGUGGCGAUAGUCGCCAUGGUGAAACUCACACAGUAUCUCUCCCUGCUCUGUGAGAGGAUCCAGCGGAUCAAUAGAUAAAAGCAAAAAUGGAUG